AGUUAAAAUGCUAUCCAAAUAUAUUGGCACGAGAAAUUAGUCCUUAGAAUUUGUCUAUUUCAAACUUAUUUAAAAAAGAAAAAAAUUUUCAUAUAAAGGUAUCGGGUCAACCCGAAUUCUAAACCCAAUUCUCUUGGGUCUUCACCAACCCUGUGUUAGGAUGUGUAAAUUACUCCUAAAAGAGAUGCAUAUUGGUAAUUUGGAUUAUUAGUUGUUGGCCGAGGAGAGAGGGCGUAGUGAGCAAAAAGGCCCUCCAACAACUUGAGCGAAAAUACUAACAGAGCGGAGAGAUCAGAAAACAUAGAAUCAAAGAGAAAGCCAUCAUCACUCACGAACAAAGCUUUGCGAAAGCUACAAAAUCUUCUGCAUUCUUAAACGACAACAAUUUUUGCAUUACUGUUUUGGAUUGUUGGAAACGGAUAAUUUUGAUGGAAGGCUUGGCAAUUUCACGAAUCAUCCCAAUUCAAGCUUCUAGUAGACGGCAUUUCUCUGCUUUUCUCCCUACAUUUUCAUUGCAGUCAAGGAAAAACUUGAAUAGCUGUCAAAUUUGGAUGAUGAAACGUCCUAAGUCGUUGGAUCCCAUUGCUGCAUCAGUUCAACCAUUAGAAGCCUCAACUACUGGCCACUUUGAUAAUAAGCAGCCUUCCAAAGAGGUUCUGGAGCUGUGGAGAAGUGCUGAUGCUGUUUGCUUUGAUGUGGAUAGCACGGUAUGCGUAGAUGAGGGCAUUGAUGAACUUGCUGAAUUUUGUGGGGCUGGAAAGGCUGUUGCAGAAUGGACUGCUAGAGCAAUGGGUGGUUCUGUUCCUUUUGAGGAGGCCUUGGCUGCCAGAUUGUCUUUAUUCAAACCUUCCCUGGCUCAAGUCCAGGAUUUUCUUGAGAAAAGGCCCCCAAGGGUUUCUCCUGGCAUAGAAGAAUUAGUCAAGAAGCUGAAGGCUAGGAAUACCAACGUUUAUCUAAUCUCUGGGGGCUUCCGCCAAAUGAUCAAUCCUGUUGCAUCAAUCCUUGGAAUUCCACAAGAAAACAUUUUUGCCAAUCAACUGCUCUUUGGAAGUUCUGGGGAGUUCCUGAGGUUUGAUGCUAAUGAGCCUACUUCAAGGAGUGGAGGAAAAGCUACUGCUGUUCAAAAAAUAAGAAAGGUUAAGGGAUACAAGGCAUUAGUCAUGAUUGGAGAUGGUGCUACUGAUCUUGAGGCUCGUAAACCAGGAGGUGCUGACAUGUUUAUUUGCUAUGCUGGUGUUCAACUUCGGGAGGCUGUUGCAGCAAAAGCCGAUUGGCUGGUCUUUACUUUCACAGAUCUUAUAAAUGCCUUGGACUAGCUUCUUUGCUUUCUGAUUUCUAUCCUUUUUUCUGGUUACAAGUUUCAUGCACGUGCGUAUUACGCAUGCAUUCUUAACAUUUGCUAUGCCUUAAGUGUAUAAAACUCAAAAAAAAAAAAAAUGAAGAGUGGUUGUUUGAGGAGUUUUAUUAUAUAAAAGAAAUUAGAUUGUAAUCCAUGUGAUGUA